AUGCACAUUCCUAUUCAUUCCUAUGGCUCUUCUGCUGAUAACCACCUGUUGCUCUUCUUCUUCCUCCCUACCCUCUCCUCCCUACCCUACCCUCUCCUCCCUACCCUCUCCUCUUCUCUACCCUCUCCUCCCCCCCCCUACCCUCUCCUCCACCCCUCUCCUCCUCCCUACCCUCUCCUCCACCCCUCUCCUCCUCCCUACACUCUCCUCCACCCCUCUCCUCCUCCCCCCUCCUCCUCCACCUUCCUCCACCCUACCCUUUCCUCCACCUCUCCUCCUCCCCCUCUCCUCCUCCUUACCCCUCCUCCCUCCCUCCCCCCCUCUCCUCCUCCCUACCCUCUCCUCCACCCCUCUCCUCCUCCCUACCCUCUCCUCCACCCCUCUCCUCUCCUCCACCCCUCUCCUCCACCCUCUCCUCCUCCCUACCCUCUCCUCCACCCUCUCCUCCUCCCUACCCUCUCCUCCUCCCUACCCUCUCCUCCACCCCUCUCCUCCUCCCCUUUCCUCUCCUCCACCCCUCUCCUCCUCCCUACCCUCUCCUCCACCCCUCUCCUCCACCCCCUCCUCCUCCCUACCCUCUCCUCCACCCCUCUCCUCUCCUCCCCACCCCCUCCUCCUCCCUACCCUCUCCUCCACCCUCUCCUCCACCACUCCACCCCUCUCCUCCUCCCCUUUCCUCUCCUCCACCCCUCGCCUCCUCCCUACCCUCUCCUCCACCCCUCUCCUCCACCCCCCUCCUCCUCCCCUCUCCUCCACCCCUCUCCUCCACCCCUCUCCUCUCCUCCAACCCUCUCCUCCACCCCCUCCUCCUCCCUACCCUCUCCUCCACACCUCUCCUCCACCCCUCUCCUCCUCCCUUCUCCUCCACCCCUCUCCUCUCCUCCACCCCUCUCCUCCUACCUACCCUCUCCUCCACCCCUCUCCUCCUCCCUACCCUCUCCUCCACCCCUCUCCUCCACCCCUCUCGUCCUCCCUACCCUCUCCUCCACCCCUCUCGUCCUCCCUACCCUCUCCUCUCCUCCACCCCCUCUCCUCCUCCCUACCCUCCUCCUCCACCCCUCUUCUCCUCCCUACCCUCUCCUCCACCCCUCUUCUCCACCCCCUCCUCCUCCCUACCCUCUCCUCCACCCCCUCUCCUCCUCCCCCCUCCUCCUCCCUACCCUCUUCUCCACACCUCUCUUCCUGUCCUCCCCAUCCCUCUCUUCCUGUCCUCCCCCACCCCCCUCUUCCUUUCCUCCCCACCCCCCCUCUUCCUCUAUUCCCCACCCCUCUCUUUCUCCUCCCCACCCCUCUCUUACAAUACUCCCCACCCCUCAGGCGGUGAACUUCUGGCAGGUGUUGGUGAUGAACGAUGAGCACACAGAGAGACGUUACCUAGUCUACUUCCUGCUGGGCUGGGGACUUCCUGCUCUGGUCAUCAUCAUCCUGGUCAUCGUUCUGCUGGGGGGCUUUGGCUGGACCAUACACAGUGUCUACGGCCUGGUGCAUGGGGAUUUGUGAGUGAAGGAAACACACACAGGAGCACUCAGGAGUACACAAGCGCACCCCCCACCCUACCCCCACCCCCCACCCCCUCCACACACACACACACACACCCACACCCACACACACACACACAUAUAUAAACAUACAGGAGCACUCAGGAGUACACACACACACACUCACCAGAGCGCACACACACUUAGUGAGAGUGAAAGGGAAAUAUCCACAUGCUUUGUACAACACAAACACAAAUUAUAUACACACACAGUACUUAACCCGGUGCCUGAUGUAAUAUAGAUAACACACACACACCACACACACGCAAACACACACACACACAGAUGUUACGCCUCGAACAGACCGACAGCAUCAUUGCAUUUUGGUACACCAGAAGUACCUUCAUUUCUGUGUGGUUCUGUGUGGUGGAUAAAUCCAACGCAUGCAUCAAAUUGUAUGCUUAGACUUGACAAAAAUAGAAAGCAAAAGGUGAAUGCUGAACUUUUGUUGCACACAUAUCCACUAAAAUGUUGGAUUAAAUAAUUUUAAAAAGUUUGACUGCAGAAUUUAUUACGUAGUAUUUUAUGCAAUGACGUUGUCGGUCUGAUCGAGGAGUCAGGCUUUGUUAGAGUACUGUUUGUCUCAUGUGUGGGCUGUAGCUUAUAUUCACGGCCUUGCAUGUGUUCUGUGUAAUGACCUAUCUUUACUAUCUACUCUCUCAUCUGUGUUGUCUUUUAUCUUUGUCCUGUGUCCUGAUUUGCUCUCUCCUGGCUAUAUAGGUUCUGAUUGGUUCAUGGUUCUCCCACUUCCUACUUUCCUCCACUGCUCCAGUCCCGCACCCUCUUGGCUGUCUGUGGCAUUCAUGACAUUUGUCACCCUGUUUGAACCUCUCUCCCUUUCCUCUGUCUCUCCUUCUCUUCAUCCCUUCUUUUCUCAAUGUUAUCCGGUGUGUGCCUGGCCCACUGACAAGGGAUGAGAUUCUUUGCCAGUUUUCAUAUAUCUUUAAAGUAUGGUUUAUGUUACAGCUGUGCUAACGGAAAAACAUUGGAGACUUUGAUUUUAAUGCUUAACAUAGUACUUUGAUUACAUUACAGUAAUACUAUGUUUACUCAUGAUUACACCACAUCCUUACAACAUGAUAUCAAUCUGCAUGUUGUGUAUAGGAAGUCAGGAAAUUGGUAUCACUAUACUGUAAAAAAUAUUUGUAUCUAGUUUAAACUAAUUAUUAUUAAGUAACUGGUUCCACAGCUUUUUUUUGUUUAGUCAACUUUUCAACCAGUUUUACCUGAACUUAACAUUUUUAGUUGGCCCAAACUUCGCUCUAACUUGAGAAAACGUAGGCAAAAAUUCAGUCAACUUAAAAUGUUUGCUCAACUUGUUGCGUCCCAACAAUCUCUCCUUCUCCCUGAACUGUACACUCGUUCUCUGCUUCCCACUAAUAUAAAAGCAUUGGAUUGGUGUAAGCAUGGUCUACAUUUUACAUUUUAGUCAUUUAGCUCUUAUCCAGAUCGACUUACAGUUAGUGAGUGCAUAAAAUUUCAUACUGGUCCACCGUGGGAAUCGAACACACAAACCUGGCGUUGCAAGCACUAUUGCUCUACCAACUGAGCUACACGGGACUACGUUUAGAGUGAGUUUCCAUAGACCAGUCAUUUCCUUUCAAAUCUAUGAAGGGAAGUGAACAAGUGUACACUUCGGUAGAAAGGAGAGAUUAUUAGAACGCAACCCAGAAGUUCCAGGACCAACACCUCCCACAAGGACAUACAGACACCACAGGACCAACACCUCCCACAAGGACAUACACAUACCACAGGACCAACACCUCCCACAAGGACAUACAGACACCACAGGACCAACACCUCCCACAAGGACAUACACAUACCACAGGACCAACACCUCCCACAAGGACAUACAGACACCACAGGACCAACACCUCCCACAAGGACAUACACAUACCACAGGACCAACACCUCCCACAAGGACAUACAGACACCACAGGACCAACACCUCCCACAAGGACAUACAGACACCACAGGACCAACACCUCCCACAAGGACAUACACAUACCACAGGACCAACACCUCCCACAAGGACAUACAGACACCACAGGAUCAACACCUCCCACAAGGACAUACAGACACCACAGGACCAACACCUCCCACAAGGACAUACAGACACCACAGGACCAACACCUCCCACAAGGACAUACAGACACCACAGGACCAACACCUCCCACAAGGACAUACACAUACCACAGGACCAACACCUCCCACAAGGACAUACAGACACCACAGGACCAACACCUCCCACAAGGACAUACACAUACCACAGGACCAACACCUCCCACAAGGACAUACAGACACCACAGGACCAACACCUCCCACAAGGACAUACACAUACCACAGGACCAAUACCUCCCACAAGGACAUACAGACACCACAGGACCAACACCUCCCACAAGGACAUACAGACACCACAGGACCAACACCUCCCACAAGGACAUACACAUACCACAGGACCAACACCUCCCACAAGGACAUACACAUACCACAGGACCAACACCUCCCACAAGGACAUACAGACACCACAGGACCAACACCUCCCACAAGGACAUACAGACACCACAGGACCAACACCUCCCACAAGGACAUACAGACACCACAGGACCAACACCUCCCACAAGGACAUACAGACACCAAAGGACCAACACCUCCCACAAGGACAUACAGACACCACAGGACCAACACCUCCCACAAGGACAUACAGGACACCACAGGACCAAACACCUCCCACAAGGACAUACACAUACCACAGGACCAACACCUCCCACAAGGACAUACAGACACCACAGGACCAACACCUCCCACAAGGACAUACAGACACCACAGGAUCAACACCUCCCACAAGGACAUACAGACACCACAGGACCAACACCUCCCACAAGGACAUACAGACACCACAGGACCAACACCUCCCAACAAGGACAUACACAUACCACAGGACCAACACCUCCCACAAGGACAUACAGACACCACAGGACCAACACCUCCCACAAGGACAUACAGACACCACAGGACUAACACCUCCCACAAGGACAUACAGACACCACAGGAUCAACACCUCCCACAAGGACAUACAGACACCACAGGACCAACACCUCCCACAAGGACAUACAGACACCACAGGAUCAACACCUCCCACAAGGACAUACAGACACCACAGGACCAACACCUCCCACAAGGACAUACAGACACCACAGGACCAACACCUCCCACAAGGACAUACAGACACAACAGGAUCAACACCUCCCACAAGGACAUACAGACACCACAGGACCAACACCUCCCACAAGGACAUACAGACACCACAGGACCAACACCUCCCACAAGGACAUACAGACACCACAGGACCAACACCUCCCACAAGGACAUACACAUACCACAGGACCAACACCUCCCACAAGGACAUACAGACACCACAGGACCAACACCUCCCACAAGGACAUACACAUACCACAGGACCAACACCUCCCACAAGGACAUACAGACACCACAGGACCAACACCUCCCACAAGGACAUACAGACACCACAGGACCAACACCUCCCACAAGGACAUACAGACACCACAGGACCAACGCCUCCCACAAGGACAUACAGGACCAACAACCACAUGUCUGUUUACACUUCCUCAAGCAGGAAAAACAUGAUGCAGUACUGUAUUAUUAUUGUUGUUAUUAUUUGACAUACUUCACAUUCUACUAUGUCUAACAUAGCAAAUGAUUUAUCCGGAUGGCGGAGGGUACGGCUGUAUUUGUGUCCUGUGAGAUGGCACCGUUGGCGUGCUUAUUGAGAUAAACUUAACGUCAUAACAAGAUGGCAGGGUUGUUUUUCCCAUAGCCAAACACAGACUCCCUACCUUCUUAAUGACACCAUUGGAACACAACAGGGACAGAUUAUAGGAGUGAAUUCCUCAGAAUAGAUUACCACAAAGGAGGGGGAGAGAGAAAGGGAGAGAAUAGGGAGGGCAGAGGUAGAACAAAUUAGAGUGACAGACAGGCAGACAGGCAGACAGACAAACAGGCAGACAGGCAGACAGACAGGCAGACAGGCAGACCGGCAGGCAGACGGUCAGACAGACAGACAGGCAGACCGGCAGGCAGACCGACAGGCAGACUGACAAGCAGACAGGCAGAUCGACAGACAGACAAGCAGACAGGCAGACAGACAAGUAGGCAGACAGACAGGCAGACAGACAGGCAGACAAUAUUAAUAUUGUUCCUGCUGUAUUUUUUAGAUCCAUAACAAGGAACCAUGAGAGGUAUGACUGUGGCUGGCCAUAGAGCAGCUGAUUGGCCUAGAUUGAACUGGACACCAUGGCUAGGCUUAACACUUGGAGGGUGACUUGAGGGCCGUUGGGGCUGGGAUACCCCUCAGAAAGAACACACAGUCUUCGCUGCGCUCUCCCUAGGCAGUGUGUUGUGUUUGUUGUGUGACACAGAGAAUAGGAGCCGUGUCUGACUGUGCUAUUUGGUGGAAUGUGCUGCUGCAAGGACACAAACACUGAGUGUGAGCUUAAACACACACACACACACCACACACACACUCACUCACACAGACACUCACACCAACACACACAGACACACCACACACACACACUUACACGGCAAAGUAACUGCACUGUACUUCAGCUCAUCAACCGAUAAUUAUGAUGGAUUAAAAAGCUAAACUAAGAUCAAAUAUGACAUUGAACUCAGGGGGCUCUAUUUUCGGCUGGCGUUAAGGCGGCGCUAGUGUCAAACGGACGUUCAAUGGCAAUUUCCACAUGUUAAAGCCAGCGCUCAGCUAUUUUCAAACUGUUGCUCAAGGAUUGGUAAUUAACCUGUCUUAUAUCUGCUCGCUUGUGCUCAGAUGCGAGUGGUGUAAAUAUUUGAGGUGUGUCCUUAAAAACAUGAUCCAAAGUGUUAAUUUCAGGCAGCCCUGUUAGGACCAGCCUAUCCAGCUGUGAUGCACACUUCCCAUAUGCGCAUGGAACAAGAGUAAUGUGCUUUUGGUGCCUGUAUACUUCGUAUUUACAAUCAUUAAACCUAUCUUUUUCAUUUUUUGGGUACUUUUAUCCCUUUUUCUCUCCAAUUGGUAGCUAUAGUUUUGUCCCAUUGGGAGAGGCGAAGGUCUAGAGCCAUGUGUCCUCCGAAACACGACCCUGCCAAACCGCACUCCUUCUUGACACACUGCUCGCUUAACCUGGAAGCCAGCCGAACCAAUGUGUCGGAGGAAAUACCAUACAACUGGCGAAAAGUCAGCUUGCAGGCGCCCGGCCCGCCACAAGGAGUCGCUGGAGCGCGAUGGGACAAGGACAUCCCAGCUGGACAAACCCUCCCCUAACCCGGAUGACGCUGGGCCAAUUGUGUGCUGCCUCAUGGGCAGGGACGGCCUGUUCAAUAGGGCGAUAUGGGCGACGCACUGCCAAACGGGAAAAGGAAGGGAUUUUUUUUCUAAUCAAUUAUAUCACGGCAACAGUAGUUAUCAGUGUUCUAAUCUGAUCUGACUGCCACUAAAUGUCAAAUCAGGCUAAAGUCGUGCUUCAAAUGGCCCCGCCCGUUUUUGGGGCGAUUUCAGUCAGGUUGAAAAUCGCCCAGAAGUCUCUCAUAGCCUGUCAUGUAAAAUCUAUUUUUUUCAAAUUUCAAAGCUUUCAAUACAAUCUCUAUGGGUGUCUGUGGGCUUGCACUUACGCACUUUCGUCAUACGUGACGUAACCAUGAACGUAACUAAGAAAAUAGCGGCUAGCAGCGUCUCUGUUGCGACCUGCAGUGUGGCGUUAUCUUAUGUUUUUAAUUUGUACACUUAGUGGCGUUAUUUUAUGUUUUUAAUUUGUACACUUAGUUUACAAACAUUCUGCCAACCAUGGAUUUCCAGUGGUGGGUUUUGGACUGAUCUUGUUGAUCGUGUACAUACCCGCUACGAACGGACUAAAUAAUGAAAACGCUGCUGGCAGCGGAAUCCAAUACAGCUGGGAGACUUGGCUGGAUGACAGAGUCCCGGACAGAGAAGUGGAGCCGGCCGGCUUCACCCUGGUCAGAGCGGACCGCGAUCUGACAGUCACAGGGAAAAUCGAUCCUGGUAAGAGAGCGACUCUGUACCCCCGACAUUGAACUGCUUUCUGUGUCACUGCGACCUUACUAUCUGCCCCGUGAGUUCCCCCAAUUGUUUGUUACCGUUGUGUACUGUUGAUAAUCACAAGUUUACUGGAGAACUGAGACCAAGUAGAGACUUUGGACAGGGUGGAUAUGGUAUAAUAAAGGCAGUUUAUUCAGAGGUAAAGAUAUCUGGAAUCGCGUGCACGGACUCGUUCGUCAAACUAUUAGGGAGCUAUCUGAAGAGAGCCCCGAAAACAUUGUGUGCAGACAUUUUAUACAAUAAAUGAUGUAGGUUGAAUCUAGUAGUUCUGAUCUUCUGAUUGGUCCUGAUGAGUUGGGCGAGGUCCCCUCCACUGUUGCAUUGGCUCUGAGUCGGGUUCUCUGUCUUCAAAUGUUCAGCCUAAAGAGAGGGGAUUUGUGUGUGUGUGUGUGUGUGUGUUUAACAGUGAUGAUGUGUGUGUGUGUGUGUGUUAUCAGUGAUGAUGUGUGUGUGUGUGUGUGUGUGUGUGUGUGUGUCCUCAGAGCAAGAACUUGUGAGUUGGAAGAACUGAGAGACCUAUGGCGUGGGUGUUGUCCUUGGCCACCUGCUGACAAGGCUGACAAGAUAGGACUCUUUUGUCCAUUGUUAUAGGAUAGGAACAGCAUUGAUUGAAAACAAACGCCCAACACAAAAUGGGUCAUGCACAAGAUUUUAGUCAGACCAAGCUAUAACAUUAUAUAUUUACUACGACAGUACAUUCAACCAAAAGCUAAUAUAACAAAGGCAUCAGAGAUUAUUUAUAAUCUGUCACAGAAACUGGAAUCUAUCUCCCCAGAUCAGUCAAUAAAUGCUUCUGGUAUUGACUUAUAUGCUGCCCCUGUCUUCAUGUUGUUGCUGGACAUAUCUUUUUUUAAAUGUGUGUAGGUCACCUAAAUCAUCAGAAAAAUUGCCCCUCCUGAGAAUUUUUUCAGGAGCCGCCACUGCUCAUGGGUCUCCCGGUCACGGCCGGCUGUAAGUGAUGCAGGCCUUAGACCGCUGCGCCACUCAGGAGGCCCCCAUUUUGUUUUAUUUAAUUAAAAACCAAGCAUAGGCUUCCCUCCUCUCAAUGAAGUAUUUUUAUAUAUAUAUAUAAAAAUACUUUUUUUAAUGCAAUUACGAGGUAGUCAAGACUGUCGAUAAAGAGUUUUGCUCGUAAGACCACUUGGAAAUAAAUCUUAAUCACCAAAGCUUUAUUGAUCAAGUUCGAGAGGAGUAAAACAAUGAGCUGACAUUCCCUUUUUAACUAUGUAUUGUAGGCAGGCCCACAUUAUUUUAGCCAUGCAGCUCCCGUUUUGGACGUGAGUAAAACCCCUCCAUGAUGUAGGCUACAUGUGUCAUUGCCCAUCAUUAAACCAGAGAUGAGAACCUCGGUGAAAACCGGUGAAUAUUUUUCCCUGUAACAAUGGCUUGUUUUCCGUUUCAUAUUUUGAAAAAACCCAAGGCCUCCUCGGGCUACACUUACCCUAGGUCUACUAUAAAGAAGGAUGGUUCAACGGCAGUGCGUUGUCAUUUUAAUGAUAUCAUUACAUUUUACAUUUGUUUGUUUAAAAAAAUACAGAUUGCUUGUUUGUCGUUUAAUUUUAUUAAAACCAAACUUAUCAGAAUGUUUCACCAUCCUGGUUUUAUUUAAGGUGAGAACGUCCGUGGUGCUCAUGCAAUGCAACUUCGGGAGAAGUGUGAAUGCGAUCUGACCUGUAAGAUGGUUCCGAUUAUGUUCAUAAAACAUUAUAUUUGGGAGCAGGAUAACAGUGUAGACAUUCUCCCUUUCUCUUUAUAUUGGCUCUUUGUCCAGCUACUGUGAAAAGUUUGGAUGUGCGUAAAACUCUCCUUAGUCUGCGUUGUUUUAAUAUUACAUGCCCACAGGGAGCAAUUAUGGUGCCUGGAAGUGUAUUUAGACACAGCCUAUUUAAAACAAGUUAUUGUUUUGUUUUGUUUCGCUGUCUUUUUAUUCUCUCUCUUUUUAGGCCUUAUCGAUAAUGAACUUAAUCUUGCUUAUCGAUAUUGUUUGGCAUGUCCAUGCUCAGCCAUAAUGCAAUUUACAGUAGGCCUAGCCCAUAUACCAGUGUGAAUACCAUGUAGGCCUAUAUAUUUCCAUAUUGAAGCCAUGCAAUUACUUAGAACAAUGUGGACUACAAACAUGUUCAAUUUAACAUAUUUUGCAAAGAUGGGAUAGGUCUACAUUUAGUUUUUUCAUAUCUGUAAGCUAUUUAACAAACUAUAACUGACUAACAUUGGAACUGGAGUUGAUUCAAAGGCAAUACAUAAAAGACUUGAAGCAACCACAUAUUUAGCCAUGGAGCAGGUUCUGAUUGGCCAGUGAGGGGGUCAAGCCUCUACAACUUAUUUAUUAAUCAAAACCCAGACAUUUAGCACCACCGCCAGCACUGCGCCCAUCAUUCUUGCUUGUGAAAUUAGCAAAAAUAUUUCUGACACACCCUCGAACUGAUAGCGCUACCGCCUGCUCUUAGAUUUACCAUUGCAUUAGGUUUGUUAAAAUAGAGCCCAGGAUCAGUAUUUGACCAGAGAUUGGAAGAGAAGUGUUAGAUGUUUUAUUUGAAGUGGUCAGUGAUAGUGGUGGAUUUGAUCCCCUGCCAGAUAGUUCUAACCAUUUCCUAAUCAGCAGCAGAGACUAGAGCAGUCCUCCCCUCUUGGCACGCUCUUCACUUCUCUGUCACUUUGACACGCCGAAGACUGGACAGAAUACAAGCGAGGGCCAACAGAGCAGCUAUAUUGAUGUAAACCUCAAUAAAUAAGACUCCAUUUUCAAAAGGAGGCAAAAUGUUUUGUUUAUCCCCCCCCCGAAAGUCAGAAAAACACUUUAAGUGUAUUUAGAUGUUAUCCCUUCAGGGCUGAACUAGUUGUGAGAGGGAGGUUUAACUUCAUAUUUGUACAGAAAGGAAAUGUCUUUGAAGCUUGUUAUUAACUGGGAAUUCUGAGAGUCUUAUGAAGGCUCAGAGGUAUCAGGGCCUUAGAUCCUGUUUAAGGAUGUUGGAGCAACAAGAUCUUGACCUACUGUAAUGCAGCACAAUAAAGGAACAUAGCUUACGUUUGCGCCUCUCCUUGGCUGUUUACUGCAUGUUUUGUGUACUAAGACCCCCUCUGCCUCUUUCUCUCUCUCUCUCUCUCUGCAGGUGUUUCAUUCCUAAUAUCUAUGCUGCUCUUAGUACAGCAGCCCUGGUGCCUCUCAUCUGCCUGGUUGGGGUACUGGUGGUGUUUAUCCAUGCCUACCAGGUCACACAGCAGUGGAAGGCCUACGACGACGUGUACCGCGGGCGCACCAACAGCUCAGGUAUAGUACACAGACACACCAAAUCUACCAGCUAUAGGGCAUGGGUUGGAGCAUAGCACCCACCUCCAUGUCCCGAGCAACCAGACCAUGUCAGAACACCUAGCAGACUGCGUCUGUCUGUCUGCUUGUCUGUCUGCCUGUCGGCCUACUGCACUAUUGGAGAACCUGUCCUGUGGUCCUAGUAGUAGUAGUAGUAGUAGUAGUAGUAGUAGUAGUAGUAGUAGUAGUAGUAGUAGUAGUAGUAGUAGUAGUAGUAGUAGUAGUAGUAGUAGUAGUAGUAGUAGUAGUAGUAGUAGUAGUAGUAGUAGUAACACCCCCCCCCCUUCAUGUAGGAGAUACAAUGGCUGACACCCCCCCCCCCUUCAACCUAAUCAGAACUUGUUCAGGCUCUACUCUCCAGCCUUAGGGAAGAUAUCUCAACGGGACAGUGCCUUCUCAUAACAACCAAAUAGGUGUUGUUAACAACAAUAGCAGCAGCGUCUGGCUCCAAGGGGUUUCCUUGAAGAGCAACAGAGUGAGGAGAAGACAGCCUAUAGCAACCAACCUAGCCUCAAGCCUCCACAGAGAGACCUCUAUUCUUCCAUCCCACCCACUCCAGCAACCCCCAGCACAGCCCGCAUGGCUGACCCAUCCACAGAUGGUGGGUAGGAUGUCCUUGUUCCAACGCUCUGUGGUAGGUUCCCUGAAAAGCCUGUGGAGCUUGCUUGUUACAACACACAUCUAAUCCCCAACCCAGGCUGCUGGACUAUUUUUACAAUGGCCUGCAAAUCCACCCCACAUGCACACACACACACACACAAACAGACACGCACACAAAGACUCACACCACUCAUAUCACAAACAAAGCAAACACGCAUCUGAUCAGGCACAAUAGGGCAGCCUUGAUUAAAGCUUUAUGCAACGUGUACUUCAGUGCAAAACACAUACAGUGCAUUCGGAAAGUAAGCACCUCUGGCAGCGAUUACAGCCUUGAGUCUUACGUUUACAUUUUAGUCAUUUAGCAGACGCUCUUAUCCAGAGCGACUUACAGUUAGUGAGUGCAUACAUUUUUCAUACGUCUUCUUGGGUAUGACGCUACAAGCUUGGCACGCCUGUAUUUGCGGAGUUUCUCAAUCUACACACACAUUAUUGUGUGUAGAUUGAUGAGGAAAAUGUUUUAGUUAAUCAAUUUUAGAAUAAGGCUGUAACAUAACAUGGAAGAAGUCAAAGGGUCUGAAUACUUUCCAUACUGUAGGCUACUCACAUACAGAGUGGGUAGAACACAGUUCCUCACAAACAGAACUUAUUCAAUACACCCACAUACAGUGUGUGUACACACACGCAUGCACACACGCCUGUUCAUGCACAAUAUCCCUGGCUUUUGUUUUGGUCCAUCAGUAUCAUUACAUUUUACAUUUUAGUAGACGCUCUUAUCCAGAGCGACUUACAAUUAGCGAGUGCAUACAUUUUUCAUACUGGUCCCCCGUGGGAAUCGAACUCACAACCCAGACGUUGCAAGCGCCAUGCUCUACCAACUGAGCUACAGGAGGCCUCAUGAAUCCAAUCCCUCUCCAUUGUUACUAGGUAUCAGUUUAGACUGGCUGUGUUACUAGGUAUCAGUUUAGACUGGCUGUGUUACUAGGUAUCAGUUUAGACUGGCUGUGUUACUAGGUAUCCGUUCAGACUGGCUGUGUUACUAGGUAUCAGUUCAGACUGGCUGUGUUACUAGGUAUCAGUUUCAGACUGGCUGUGUUACUAGGUAUCGUUCAGACUGGCUGUGGUUACUAGGUAUCAGUUCAGACUGGCUGUGUUACUAGGUAUCAGUUCAGACUGGCUGUGUUACUAGGUAUCAGUUCAGACUGGCUGUGUUACUAGGUAUCAGUUCAGACUGGCUGUGUUACUAGGUAUCAGUUCAGACUGGCUGUGUUACUAGGUAUCAGUUCAGACUGGCUGUGUUACUAGGUAUCAGUUCAGACUGGCUGUGUUACUAGGUAUCGUUCAGUGCGUGACUGGCUUGUACUGCUAGGUAUAGUUCAUAGACUGGCUGUGUUACUAGGUAUCAGUUCAGACUGGCUGUGUUACUAGGUAUCCGUUCAUUAGACUCAGACUGGCUGUGUUACUAGGUAUCAGUUCAGACUGGCUGUGUUACUAGGUAUCAGUUCAGACUGGCUGUGUUACUAGGCAUCAGUUUAUUAGACUCAGACUGGCCGUGUUACUAGGUAUCAGUUCAUUAGACUCAGACUGGCUGUGUUACUAGGUAUCAGUUCAUUAGACUCAGACUGGCUGUGUUACUAGGUAUCAGUUCAUUAGACUCAGACUGGCUGUGUUACUAGGUAUCAGUUCAGACUGGCUGUGUUACUAGGUAUCAGUUCAGACUGGCUGUGUUACUAGGUAUAGGUCAGACUGGCUGUGGUUGCUAGGUAUCAGUUCAGACUGGCUGUGUUACUAGGUAUCAGGUCAGACUGGCUGUGUUACUAGGUAUCAGUUCAGACUGGCUGUGUUACUAGGUAUCAGGUCAGACUGGCUGUGUUACUAGGUAUCAGUUCAUUAGACUCAGACUGGCUGUGUUACUAGGUAUCAGGUCAGACACACCAGGGGAGGGGUAAUGGCAGUACAGUGAUGUCCGUAAACAGGUUUUCAACAGACUCUAAAGCUCCUUAAUUACGCUGGCUGGGAGAGAGAGGCACGGCACACUCUAUUAAAAGCAGCAGACGCAUUGAGAGUGUGUAGGGCACAGACACAGAGGGAGGAGGUGUCCUUGAGGCAUGUGUGUGCACUUGUGUUUGUGCGCUUUUGUGUGUGUGUGGCAACAGAAGGUGACUACAUGCCCCCCCUCCCCCCAACCCCCCCUUUAGAAAAUAGAAAACAUUUCAAGCAAGUGGAAAGAGGUUCAACUUCAUCAAAGGUUUUGCCUUCACCAACCUUCUCAUGAAGGAGGGUGAGACAGAAAAUUUUCACAAAAUUGCCCAUUUCCUGCCCCAGUUUCCCCUCCUCCUACAGCUAAUCCUAGCUUCAGUCCUCCUCAAUGUUGUUUGCCAGUCAGUGCACUCAUCUGGUAUCAUGUUACCACGAUUUCAUCCUAUGUUGAACAAGACCCUCUUUUCAUUCGCAAACACCAUACAAAUAGCAAAUAAAUGCCUUUUUAAACACCAUGCAAAUACAUGCCUGUUCAAACACCAUGCAAAUAGAGGCCUGUUUAAACACCAUGCAAAUACAGGCAUGUUUAAACACCAUGCAAACACAUGCCUGUUAAAACACCAUGCAAAUGCAGGCCUAUUUAAACACCAUUCAAGUACAGGCCUGUUUAAACAGGGCCCUGGAGGGCCACAGUCCUCACAUGCUGGACUGUGGACACAACACAAGGCCUUUUACAUUCUCUCUUGCUUUUUCCCUUGUAGUUGCAUUUCAAUGUUGUGUUUCUCAUUGGAUACAAUUCUAGCAUUUUAGGCUAUAGACUUUCUUCAGUAAGUCCUCUAUUGGGAAAUGACUGUAUGAGGCUGUUCUCUAGGCUCAUCAGUUUCAAGUUUCAAGUUGUAUUAGUUGUAUGUACAGUACCAGUCAAAGGUUUGGACACACCUACUCAUUCAAGGGUUUUUCUUUCUUUUGACUAUUUUUACAUUGUAGAAAAUAGUGAAGACAUCAAAACUAUGAAAUAACACAUAUGGAAUCAUGUUGUAACCAAAAAAGUGUUAAACAUAUCAAAAUAUAUUUUAGAUUCUAGAUUCAUCAAAGUAACCACCUUGGCAUUCUCUCAACCAGCUUCACCUGGAAAGCUUUUCCAACAGUCUUGAAGGAGUUCCAAGGAGCACUUGUUGGCUGCUUUUCCUUCACUCUGCGGUCCAACUUGUUACAGGAGGGGGUCGCAGUUCCGGAGCGACCCACUAGGUGUCCUCCUCCGACAUCCUUAGGCACCUCCUCACUCACAGUCUGGACUAAUCAUGAUCCUAUUGGUGUCACCGGUGUCUACCUGUUCACCUGUGUAUUUAUGCCCUCACUUCCCUGCGUUCCCUUGCUCAGUUUUCUCUGCUAGUUUCUCGAUGCCAAGUAGUACGAAUCAGUGUCUGAUCGUGAGACGUAUGUACAGGUACUUGAGAAGUGUUCUCCCUGUUUCAUUGUUGUUUCAGUCGUAGUAAGUAUUUCGUAUUUUUGCUGUCAGCCUGUUUUUGGAGACCAAUUUGUUCCUCCUUUAUUUUAUCGUGGCAAGUCCGUUAUUUUGUAUCCUGGCUUUGGGACCACCAGUAAAGAUCCUUGUUUCACCAUCUCUGCCUACUGCCUACUGUCUAUCCUGCACCACAUCUGGGUCACACCUCACACCAACCCCCUUACAGAAAACGGAGCCAAUAUGGACCCAGCGGAGGCAGCACAGUAUCGUAGAGCAAUGGCAACGCAGGGAGCUAUGCUGAACCAGCACAACCGCAGCCUGCAGCAGAUCACCGAGAAUCUCUGCCAGCUGACGAUCGCAGUGCAGAGCCGGGUGGACACCCGACCAGCCCCGGCAUCCGGUGGAGCGGAAGCCGCAGCAGCGGCGUCUCCAGUCUCGCCUGCGACAUCGCGGGAACCCCAACUACCACCUCUGGUAAGGUACGACGGACGUCUAGAGGGCUGCAGGGAAUUCCUUACCCAGUGUUCCCUGGUAUUCAGCCUACAACCCUCCUCCUUCCCGAUGGAGCAGGGCAGGGUGGCCUACAUUAUCACUCUGUUGAUGGGUCAGGCCCUUUCCUGGGCUACCGCGGAGUGGGAGAGCCAAACUCUGGUGUGCACCGACUCCUACCAAUUCACCUGGGAGCUACGCAAGGUGUUCGAUACCUCUCGGGUGGUGUCGGGGCACGAGGACGGGAGGCGGCUCACGGCCUGUCGGCAGGGUGACCGUUCGGUGGCGGACUACUCCGUGGAGCUCCGGACCCGGACUCGAGAGGCAGGAUGGGAGGAGGUCGCCCUGGUCGUCCUUUACUCGCAUGGGCUAUCGGAGGGGAUGAAGGACGAUCUCUCCCUCAGGGAGCUGCCUGAGCGACUUGACGGCCUCGUCGAGCUCUCGGUGCGGGUAGACAAUCAGCGUUGUGAAAUGGCGCACGAGAGAGGGAUGACGCAAGGCGCGCCUCCGCGUCCCCCUAUCAGCCCGGAUACUUUCCACCGAUUCAGGGAGGAGAAGCCUAAGGGGGAGGCUAUGCAGCUGGGUGCGGCGCACUUGUCCAGGAUGGAGGCCAGGGACAUUGCCUGUACUGCGGCCAGGCAGGUCACCACUGCGACUCAUGCCCGUAAAAGCCGGGAAACGGGAGGGCUCGUUAAUAUCGGGAGGGGUGCUAGCGAGCGGAACCGAAACCCCAACUCCAGAGACUCCCAGACUUUUCUCACCGUCAGGGUUCAGUGGGCCCGCGUCAGGUGCAUGCACUGGUGGAUUCGGGGGCCGCGGGAAACCUGAUGGACGCAGGGCUGGCCCAAGGGUGGAGUGUUCCGUUACUCUCCCUCUCCGAGCCGGGUUCAGGUCAUUGGCCUGGACGGGCAGCCGUUGGGUUCGGGCUUCAUCACCCGGCGCACUGUCCCCGUGAGUGUCCGGGUGGCAGGGGGGCUAUGGGAGGAUAUCCAGUUUUUCAUUGUGGACUCUCCGGAGUGUCCCCUUGUCCUCGGGCACCCCUGGCUGGUCGCACACAAACCCCGGAUAGACUGGUACAUGGCUGUUCCGGUCUCCACCGACCACUCAUCAGAACCGCUACCCACUCCCCCUGAUGACGACGGGAUUCGAGUUUUUGCAGGGAGCCCGGUCUUCACCAAGCUGGACUUACGAAAUGCCUACAACCUGGUGAGGAUUCGGGAGGGGGACGAGUGGAAGACGGCUUUUAACACACCCAGUGGGAAUUACGAGUACUAAGUCAUGCAGUUUGGUCUAGCCAACAUGCCUGCGGUGUUCCAGGUGUUGGUCAAUAACGUGCUCCGGGACCUCCUCGACUACAGUGUCUUCGUGUAUUUGGAUGUCAUCCUAAUAUUUUCAAGGACAUGAGUGAACACCAGCAGCACGUUUGGCAGGUCCUCCAAUGCCUUCUCCGUCACCAGCUCUACGUCAAGGUGGAGAAGUGCAUGUUCCACACAGAGACAAUCUUCUUCCUGGGGUUCAUCAUCACCAAGGGGGACCUACGGAUGGACCCAGCCAAGGUCAGCGCUGUACUGGAUUGGCCCCAGCCCUCCUCCCUCAAGCAACUGCAACGGUUUUUAGGGUUAACUUAUUUUUAUAGACGAUUUAUUCGCAAUUUUAGCUCCCUAGCCGCUCCCCUGACAGCCCUCACCCAGACAAGCAUGCGCUCCUUUGCCUGGACCCCAGAAGCGGGGAACACAUUCGAUGCGAUUAAGCAGCGCUUUACAUCGGCCCCGGUCCUAGGGCAUCCUGAUCUGUCCCCGUCGUUCAUUGUGGAGGUGGAUGCUUCAGACGUUGCGGUGGGAGCAAUCCUGUCCCAGCGGUUCCUCAUGGAUCGUAAGACUGACCCCUGCUCGUUUUUCUCCCGUCGGCUGUCCCCGGUGGAGUGGAAUUAUGAUGUGGGGAACCGUGAGCUGCUAGCGGUCAAGCUCGCCCUGCGAGAGUGGAGGCAUUGGCUAGAGGGGGCCGUCCAUCCGUUCAUCAUAUGGACUGACCAUAAGAACUUAGCCUACAUUCAGGGGGCCAAGAGGCUCAAGUCGCGCCAGGCCAGGUGGGCGUUGUUCUUCACCAGGUUCCGGUUCAUGAUCUCAUACCAUCCGGGGUCAAAGAACACCAAGCCUGAUGCGCUCUCCCAGCAGUUUGACCCCAUGGACCUGGGGACGACCCCAUUGUCCCCAAAGCCCUGAUUGCUGCCCCAGUUUCGUCGGGAAUUGAUAGGCUGGUCAGAGCAGCGCUACGGCAGGUGCCCGAUCCGGGCGGAGGUCCAUCGGGAGGAUGUACAUACCCAAGGCUGCGUGCUCAUGACUGCUUCAGUGUGCGCAUGCGUCCGACCUCACUAGCCAUCCGGUGGGCGCCAGGAUGUUGGAGUUCCUGCGUAAGAGGUUCUGGUGGCCAUCAACUGAGGGGGAUACACAUGCCUUCGUGGCUGCUUGCCCGGUGUGCGCACGCACGAAGAGCUCACAUCAGCCUGCGGCAGGGCUGCUCCGACCCCUGCCUAUCCCCAAGCGCCCCUGGUCCCACAUCUCGCUGGAUUUCAUUUCAGCCCUACCCCCCUUUGAUGGAUACACAGUCAUCCUGGUCAUUGUGGACCGGUUUUCCAAGGCUGCCCACUUCAUUCCUCUUCUCAAACUCCCGUCGGCCCGGGAGACGGCUAAAUCGUCCUCCGCCCACGCCUCCGCCCACGCCAGUCGCUGACUCCACGUAGCUGGGUUGCUGGAGGCGUAGCACCUCAGCAACCCAGCAACAUGGAGUCAGCGACUGGCGUGGGCGGAGGAUGCCCACAACACCCUUCUCUGCUCGUCCACCAGCUUUUCCCCCUUCCAGUGACAAUACGGGUACCAACCCCCCCUAUUCCCCGAGCAAGAGGAGAAGGCGGAGGUCCCGUCGGUCCAGGCCCACAUCAGUCGCUGUUGCCGCACCUGGAGGCAGGUACGGGUGGCACUUAAGCGGGCCUCGGUCAGGUCUCAACAUCAGGCCAACCGCAGGCGUUGCCGGCCCCGGUUUUUUGCCCGGGACAGAGGGUGUGGCUCUCCACGUGGGAUCUUCCCCUCCACGUCGAGUCCAGGAAGCUGUUCCCCCGGUUCGUCGGGCCAUUCAGAGUGGUCCGGCGAGUCAACCCAGUGGCCUACCACCUGCAACUUCCCCCCCCCAUUCGGGUGCAUCCCACGUUCCAUAUGUCCCUCCUCAAGCCCGUUGCCACCUGUCCCCUGGCUCCCCCUCCUCAUCCUGUUCCCCCGCUGCGCCUCGUCGGAGGGAAGCCGGCUUUUACUGUGGUCCGGAUCCGAUUUCUGGUGGACUGGGAGGGUUAUGGGCUGGAGGAGCGGUCCUGGGUGCCCAGGAGGGACAUUCUGAACCCAGGGCUGAUGACAAUAUUCCGUCGCUUCCACCCGGAGGCACCGAGGUGAACGGCUGUUCGUCGGGGGGGGGGGUGCACUGUUACAGGAGCGGGUUGCAGUUCCGGAGUGACCCACUAGGUGUCCUCCUCCGACAUCCUUAGGCACCUCCUCACUCACAGUCUGGACUAAUCAUGAUCCUAUUGGUGUCACCUGUGUCUACCUGUUCACCUGUGUAUUUAUGCCCUCACUUCCCUGCGUUCCCUUGCUCAGUUUUCUCUGCUAGUUUCUCGAUGCCAAGUAGUACGAAUCAGUGUCUGAUCGUGAGACGUAUGUACAGGUACUUGAGAAGUGGUCUCCCUGUUUCAUUGUUGUUUCAGUCGUAGUUAGUAUUUCGUAUUUUUGCUGUCAGCCUGUUUUUGGAGACCAAUUUGCUCCUCCUUUAUUUUAUUGUGACAAGUCCGUUAUUUUGUAUCCUGGCUUUGGGACCACCAGUAAAGAUCCUUGUUUCACCAUCUCUGCCUACUGCCUGCUGUCUAUCCUGCACCGCACCUGGGUCACACCUCACAACAACCCUUACACCAACUCAUCCCAAACCAUCUCAAUUGGGUUGAAGUUGGGUGAUUGUGGAGACCAGGUUAUCUGAUGCAGCACUCCAUCACUCUCCUUCUUGGUCAAAUAGCCCUUACACAGCCUGGAGUUGUGUUUUGGGUUAUUGUCCUGUUGAAAAACAAAUUAUAGUCCCGCUAAGCGCAAACCAGAUGGGAUGGCAUAUCGCUGCAGAAUGCUGUGGUUGCCAUGCUGGUUAAGUGUGCCUUGAAUUCAGUCGGAACCACACAUGCAGUGAUCAUCCGUUCACUUACUCUGCGUCUCACAAAGACACAGCUGUUUGAACCAAAUAUCUCAGAUUUGGACUCAUCAGACCAAAGGGAAGAUUUCCACCGGUCUAAUGUUCAUGGCUCAUGUUUCUUGGCCCAAGCAAGUCUCUUCUUCUUAUUGGUGUCCUUUAGUAUUGGUUUCUUUGCAGCAAUUCGACCAUGAAGGCCUGAUUCACACAGUCUCCUCUGAACAGUUGAUGUUGAGAUGUGUCUGUUACUUGAACUCUGUGAAGCAUUUAUUUGGGCUGCAAUCUGAGGUGCAGUUAACUCUAAUGAAAUUAUCCUCUGCAGCAGAGGUAACUCUGGGUCUUCCUUUCCUGUGGCUUUCCUCAUGAGAGCUAGUUUCAUCAUAGCGCUUGAUGGUUUUUGCGACUGCACAAAGUUUUUGAAAUGUUUCGGAUUGACUGACCUUCAUGUCUUAAAGUAAUGAUGGACUGUCAUUUCUCUUUGCUUGUUUGAGCUGUUCUUGCCAUAAUAUGGACUUGGUCUUUUACCAAAUAGGGCUAUCUUCUGUAUACCACCACUACCUUGUCACAACACAACUGAUUGGCUCAAAUGUAUUAAGAAGGAAAGAAAUUCCACAAAUUAACUUUUAACAAGGCACACCUGUUAAUUGAAAUGCAUUCCAGGUGACUACCUCAUGAAGCUGGUUGAGCGAGUGUGCAAAUAUGUAAUCAAUGCAAAGGGUGGCUACUUUGAAGAAUCUCAAAUAUAGAAUAUAUUUUGAUUUGUUUAACACUUUUUUGGUUACUACAUGAUUCCAUAUGUGUUAUUAAAUAGUUUUUAUGUCUUCACUAUUAUUCUACAAUGUAGAAAAUAGUAAGAAUUAAGAAAACCCCUGGAAUUAGGUGUGUCCAAACUAUUGACACACAUGGUAUACACCGUCCAACAAAAUUCUUACUUGCAGUUUCCUUCUAGACAAUGCAACAACAAUAAGAAAUAAUAAAAGGUAAGAAUACAAACAUAAAGUAAAUGGCUCAGUAGAAUAUAAUAAACAUUUUAGCAUAAUACAAGAAGGCACAAUUUACACAUGUUUUGGGGAAGGAGGCAUUGGGGGUCAAGUGUUUAAAUUGUGCAGUAUUUAGCAAUCAUAAUAAUAGUCUGGUAGCAGUGUGUGUGUGUGUGUGUGUGUGUGUGUGUGUGUGUGUGUGUGAGUGAGUGAGUGCAUGUGUGCUAAGGUGCGGAGAGUCAGUGCAGGUGGUCAGUCCAGUUGAAGUGUUCAGCAGUCUGAUGGCUUGUAGAAAGAAACUGUCUCUGAGCCUGUUGGCAUCAGACCUCAUGCUCCAAUACCGUCUGCCAGACGUUCAGGGAGAGAACAGCUCGUGGCUGGGGUGUGUGGGGUCCUUGAUGAUCCUGCAGGCCAUCCUCAUACACCAUUUCAAGUAGAUGUCCUGGAUGGGUGAUCUGGGCCAUCUUCACCCGCUGUAGGGCCUUGCGGUUGUGGACGGAGCAAUUCUCGUACCAGGCUGUGAUGCAACCGGUCAGGACGCUCUCAAUGGUGCAGCGGUAGUAUUUGGAGAGGACCCGGGGUGGCAUGCCGCCUUAGGAAGUAGAGACGCUGUUGUGCCCUCUUGACAAGUGUAGUGGUGUUGUUGGUCCAUGUCAAGUCCUCGGUGAUGUAGACGCUGAGGAACUUAAAACUGCUGACUCUCUCUGCUGUAGUCCCGUUGAUGUGGCUCAUCAGGAUUUGGCCAUGGAGAAUUGACGUGACAAAGUAGCUGCAGGCUCCACUACAAACACACACAGGGCACGUCCCAAAUGGCACCCUAUUCCCUAUAGAGUUAUAUUGUAUGCAAUAAAAAGGGGAGGGGAAUUAUAUUAUUUUAUACUAAUACAAUCGCUCAGAGAAAUAGAUUUUGUUCAACAAACAAUACUUUUUUUCUCAAAAAGCUAGGUGUCAAAAUUAUUCACAACCCUGUUUUCAAUACCUCACCUUGCGAGGAUAACGGCACUGCGCCUUUUUCUAAAAUGUUUUAUGAGAUUGGAGAACACAUUGGGAGGGAUCUUAGACCAUUCCUCCAUACAGAAUCCUUCCAGAUCCUUGAUAUCCUUCGUCUGCGCUUAUGGACUGCCCUCUUCAAUUCAAACCACAGGUUUUUUAAUUUGUGGCUUUGUGGAUUUUGUUGUGUGCUUGGGCGGAAGUGGAUCUUCCAGCAAGACAAUAACCCCAAGUUUCAGCCUCCUGGCAGAGGCAAUCAGGUUUUUGGGAAAAAUGUCCUGGUACUGGGUAAAGUUCAUGAUGCCAUUGACCUUAACAAGAACCCCAGGACCAGUGGAAGCAAAAUAGCCUCAUAACAUCAACAUUAAUAUUUGACAUUAUGUAUGGGGUUAUUUUCUGCUUAUGCAUUCUCAUUUCGACGUAAAACCCACCACCGGUGUGUGUGGCCAAAGAGCUCUAUUUUCAUGUCAUUUGACCAAAGCACCGGUUCCAAUCCAAGUGCCAUUUGGCAUUUACAUUUGUUUGAAUUGUAUUAGUAUAAAAUAAUAUAAUUUCCUUUUUUUUUGUUGCAUGCAAUAUAGCUCAGUAUUUGAAUUAUUUAUUUUAUACAGUCAUUUUUUCUCGUGUUUAUCAAGGGUGUCAAAAAUGUCAGAACCCACUGUAUAUCAAGACGCCCUUAUUGCUGUGCCACAGUCCUGAGUCACCAGACAAGAUGUACCUUUGAUGCAAUGACCAGUGUGCACCUUUAAUUGUCAACAUAUUGUGCUCUGGCUUUAUGACAGUGCUCCAUGACUGCACUUUGAACUUCAACAGGAGCCUGCCAAGAAUGAGAAAAUAAACAGAUAAAUGCUAGAUGGGAUUAUGUGUACAGUACGUUGAUAGCAGCACAAGCACGUGUGCUUGUUUUGUCCUUGAACUUCUGAGUUCGGGGGUGUGUUCAUUAGUGCAUACAGUAGCGAAACGUUUUGCAACAGAAAACGUUUUGCCACAGAAAAAUAGCGUUUCUUAUUGGACAAGUUCAAUUUAGUUUCCCACUUGUUUCCGUUUGUUUUCUAGUGAAUACACCCCAUAUGAGUCUGGGUCUGUUCAUUGCCUUAUUGCUCUGCACAGUGCUGUUCUCCACUGUGUUAUGUUGUGCCGUGCUACUGCGCUAAUCUGAGUCUUCACCACUUUCUCCUUUCUCCUCUUCAUCACCUCUCCAUAUCACAAACCUAACGCACACACACACACACACACACACAGACUCUCACACACACUCAGGUGCAGGUCAUUUUAUAGAGUCUGACUAAAAUAUUUCCAAUCAACAUGCUACAGCUUUUUUUGAGAUGCAUGCAUUUCAAUGCUAUCCACCAAAUUAAACAUGUAUACGUCACUGCCAUUGAUAUUCACGCUCUUUUGUUCUGAGUGUGUUUUGGAGGUUAGUCUCAUGCAGUGCCUUUUGGGACCAGAUGCAAUUUGGAAAAGAGCGGUUGCUUUCUGGGGCCCACUCAACAGCCCUGUCAUUGUGUAGUUGCUCUUUGUGCUCCCUGUGGCUAACACGCUAGGUAUUAAUGAGCACAGAGUCAAAAUACAUUCUCUCUCUCUCGCUCUCUCUCUCCAUAUCUUCCUCCCUCACUCUUUCCCCCUCUCUCUCUCUCCCUCGCUUCCUCUCUCUCACGCUUACUAUAUCUCUAUCUCUCUCAAAUCAAUUAAUCUCUCGCUCUAUUAUCGUUACAUUUCUCUCAUCUCUAAUCGAUUCCUAUUCCUCUUUUAUAUAUAUCUAUAUUUAUUAUCAUAGCUUCAUUAUAACUCUUAUACGGCAUUAUAUCUCCUUCUCUAUAGCUAUAUCUAUAGCAGACAUAGCUCUAUCAUCUUAUUACUUAUAUCUAUUAUCUAGAGCUUCUUUAAUAUCUGUUAUCUCUUAUAUCUCUAAUAUCUUUCUCUAUCUAUCAUAUUCUAUAUCUCUCAUCUCUCAUCGCGUCAUUUCCUAUCUCUCUCUACUCUCUAUCUUCAUAUCUUCUCUUCACUUCUCUAUCUCUUUAAUCUUAUCUUUCUCUCUAUCGUCUCUCUCUCUAUCUCUCGCUUCUUCAAUCGAUUCCUCGCUUAUCUCUAUCUCUACUAUAGCUACGAUAGAAUAUCUAUCUCGCUUUUCUAUAUUUUUUUUUUUUUUUUUUUUUUUUUUUUUUUUUUUUAUUUUCUUUCUUCUCUCUAUCUUCCUCUUCUUCUCUCUCUCUAUCCUCUCUCUCUUCCUCAUCUCAUUCCUCUUUCGCAUUCUCUCUUUAUCUUACUUUGCUAAAACUCUCUUAUUCUUCAUGUUCGCUUCCUCUCUCUCUUCUAUCACCGAUCUAAUCUCUCUGCCUUCCUCUCUCCUUCCUCCUUCCUCUUCUACCUCUUAUCAAUUCACGCUUCCUUUCCUCUGCUUCUUUAUCUAACUUCAAUCGCUCCUCUUCCCAUUCUCCUCUCUCUCUUCACCUUUUUCCUUCAACGUUCAUCUCAUCUUCUUCAUUAUUUUAUGUUCCUCUUUAUUUUCUCUUUCUUCAUCUCUUUCUAAUUCUCUUUCUCUUUCAUCGUUCUUUCCUCUUAUCUCUCUCUCUCUUCAUCACUUCCUCUUCCACUCUCUCUAUCUCUUCAUCGCUUCCUUCACUCUCUCUCCUUCUCUAUAUACUCUACUAUUAAAUCCCAUUCCUAUUCUCUUCUCUCUAAUCUCUCUCUUCUACGCUUCUCUUCCUCUAUCUCUCCUCAGCUCGCUUCCUCUCUCUCUCUCUUCAUUGCUUCAUCUUCCUCUCUCUCUCUCUCUCUCUCUCUCUCUCUCUUUCUCUUCAUCGCUUCUCUUUCUCUCUCUCUCUCUUCAUCGCUUCCUCUUCCUCUCUCUCUCUCUCUCUCUCUCUCUUUCUCUCUCUCUCUAUGUAUUGAUGCGCUGCACCUUUUAAUGACUCAGCCCUCUCCUGGCUCCUGAAUGAGAGUUCUUGUUUUGUUUGUCGCCCUAAUUAAUAGUCUGCAUAAGAGAUGGAGGGUCAAAGAUGAGGUUCAGGCCUGCUAAUAUGGAUGAUGUUCAGACCUGCUGCUAUAGAGGUUCAGGCCUGCUAAUAUAGAGUUUCAGGCCUGCUAAUAUAGAGGUCCAGGCCAACUAAUAUAGAUGAGGUGCAGGCAUGCUAAUAUAGAUGAGGUUUAGGCAUGCUAAUAUAGAUGAGGUUUAGGCAUGCUAAUAUAGAUGAGGUUCAGGCAUGCUAAUAUAGAGGUCCAGGCCUACUAAUAUAGAUGAGGUGCAGGCAUGCUAAUAUAGAUGAGGUUUAGGCAUGCUAAUAUAGAUGAGGUUUAGGCAUGCUAAUAUAGAUGAGGGUCAGGCCUGCUAAUAUAGAGGUCCAGGCCUACUAAUAUAGAUGAGGUGCAGGCAUGCUAAUAUAGAUGAGGUUUAGGCAUGCUAAUAUAGAUGAGGUUUAGGCAUGCUAAUAUAGAUGAGGUUCAGGCCUGCUAAUAUAGAGGUCCAGGCCUACUAAUAUAGAUGAGGUGCAGGCAUGCUAAUAUAAAUGAGGUUUAGGCAUGCUAAUAUAGAUGAGGUUCAGGCCUGCUCUGAGAAGGUUUCUAUCCCAGUGCUCAGCCAGUCUGUCUGUCUGUCUGUCUGUCUGUCUGUCUGUCUGUCUGUCUGUCUGUCUGUCUGUCUGUCUGUCUGUCUGUCUGUCUGUCUGUCUGUCUGUCUGUCUGUCUGUCUGUCUCUCUGUCUGUCUGCCUGCCUUUCUGCCCGUCCGUCCAUCCUCUGUCUGUCUGUCUGUCUGUCUGUCUGUCUGUCUGUCUGUCUGUCUGUCUGUCUGUCUGUCUGUCUGUCUGUCUGUCUGUCUGUCUGUCUGUCUGUCUGUCUGUCUGUCUGUCUGUCUGUCUGUCUGUCUGUCUGUCUGUCUGUCUGUCUGUCUGUCUGUCUGUCUGUCUGUCUGUCUGUCAGUCAGUCAGUCAGUCAGUCAGUCAGGGCCCGAGUCUGACAGGGUUAGGGGUACGGGUACGAUGUGCCAUAUCCUGUCCAGUAUAUCAUCUCCCUGGUAUAUCAUCACCCUGUUAUAUCAUCUCCCUGGUAUAUCAUCACCCUGUUAUAUCAUCACCCUGGUAUAUCAUCACCCUGUUAUAUCAUCACCCUGGUAUAUCAUCACCCUGUUAUAUCAUCACCCUGGUAUAUCAUCUACCUGGUAUAUCAUCUACCUGGUAUAUCUCUGCCUCCUAUUUGUUUUGGUCGGUUCUGUCCUGAUAAAAAGUGGGUUACCAGGACCACUCACUUUUAGGUCCCACCAGCAUGUGUAGGGACUACUUAGAGCCCAGUCUUAGCUGAGCACUUGGCACAGCGUCCAGUCAGUGGGUGUGUGCAUUCGUUUGUGGGUGUAGGAGUGUGUUUGUGCGUGAAGACAGGUUUACUGUACGAGGCAGCCCUGUGCCAGGAUCUGUGACCUACAGUAAAGCCUCCUGAUUAAGAGAGGCUUCAUUAAUCAGCCCUAAGGUCCUGGUCUGCUGCCUGCUGCCCCGGGCCCAGCUCACUACACUAUGAUGGGCCACAGCCCAGAGCCAAGCCUGGACAGAGAGCAGAGAUCAUUUAGGACACUCUGAACUUUUGGAAAAACUCCCAAUUUAUUACAUUUACAUUUACAUUUUCGUCAUUUAGCAGACGCUCUUAUCCAGAGCGACUUACAAAUUGGUGCAUUCACCUUAUGAUAGCCAGUGGGACAACCACUUUACAAUGUAUCAUAUAUUUUGUUUUAUUUUUUUUGUUUGGGGGGGGUGGGGGAGGGGGAGGGUAGAAGGAUUACUUUUAUCCUAUCCCAGGUAUUCCUUAAAGAGGUGGGGUUUCAAGUGUCUCCGGAAGGUGGUGAGUGACUCCGCUGUCCUGACGUCGUGAGGGAGCUUGUUCCACCAUUGGGGUGCCAGAGCAGCGAACAGUUUUGACUGGGCUGAGCGGGAACUGUGCUUCCGCAGAGGUAGGGGGGCCAGCAGGCCAGAGGUGGAUGAACGCAAUACCCUCGUUUGGGUGUAGAGACUGAUCAGAGCCUGAAGGUACGGAGGUGCCGUUCCCCUCACAGCUCCGUAGGCAAGCACCAUGGUCUUGUAGCAGAUGCGGGCUUCAACUGGAAGCCAGUGGAGUGUGCGGAGGAGCGGGGUGCCGUGAGAGAACUUGGGAAGGUUGAAAACCAGACGGGCUGCAGUGUUCUGGAUGAGUUGUAGGGGUUUAAUGGCACAGGCAGGGAGCCCAGCCAACAGCGAGUUGCAGUAAUCCAGACGGGAGAUGACAAGUGCCUGGAUUAGGACCUGUGCCGCUUCCUGUGUAAGGUAGGGUCGUACUCUGCGAAUGUUGUAGAGCAUGAACCUACAGGAUCGGGUCACCGCUUUGAUGUUAGCGGAGAACGACAGGGUGUUGUCCAGGGUCACGCCAAGGUUCUUUGCACUCUGGGAGGAGGACACAACGGAGUUGUCAACCGUGAUGGCGAGAUCAUGGAGCGGGCAGUCCUUCCCCGGGAGGAAGAGCAGCUCCGUCUUGCAGAGGUUCAGCUUGAGGUGAUGAUCCGUCAUCCACACUGAUAUGUCUGCCAGACAUACAGAGAUGCGAUUCGCCACCUGGUUAUCAGAAGGGGGAAAGGAGAAGAUUAAUUGUGUGUCGUCUGCGUAGCAAUGAUAGGAGAGACCAUGUGAGGAUAUGACAGAGCCAAGUGACUUGGUGUAUAGAGAGAAUAGGAGAGGGCCUAGAACUGAGCCCUGGGGGACACCAGUGGUGAGAGCACGUGGUGUGGAGACAGAUUCUCGCCACGCCACCUGGUAGGAGCGACCUGUGAGGUAGGACACAAUCCAAGAAUGAGCCGCGCCGGAGAUGCCCAACUCGGAGAGGGUGGAGAGGAGGAUGGUGUCCUACCUCACAGGUCGCUCCUACCAGGUGGCGUGGCGAGAAUCUCCAUACUGGUUCACAGUAUCAAAGGCAUUAUGAUUGUCAUAGGUUAGAAUAUAAUGUAUUUAAUUCUAAGAAUGAUGUCAUUAUAUUCUAUAUGAAUCUCUGUGUGUGUGUGUGUGUGUGUGUAUGUGUGUGUGUGUGUGUGUGUGUGUGUGUGUGUGUGUGUGUGUGUGUGUGUGUGUGUGUGUGUGUGUGUGUGUCUAUGCGUAUGUACGUGUGUGUCUUUAUGUCUGUGUGUUUGUCCCUUUGUGUGUUAACUGUGUAUUAGGCUAAGUCUGCCCUGUUGUGUGUGUUUCAGAGGUGCCCAUGGUGCUGUACCUGUUUGCCCUGGUGUCCCUGGUGUGGCUGUGGGCAGGAAUACACAUGGCCUACAGAUACCUGUGGAUGCUCAUCCUCCACGUCAUCUUCAACCUCUUGCUGGUAAGAUAUCUUCAUCAUCAUCAUUGUGUGUGUCAAUCAGAAAGACUUGUUUUAGUGUCUUAUUGACUCUCUAUUUCUGUCAAAACUGAAGGAAAAUCUGUCUUAGUUUUGUAAAUGUUACAACAGCGCUCCAGCAACUUCCUAGAUACUUGAGAGCCCAGAUGUAUGUGUAGACAUUGGCGUAAUAACUCUCUUCAGGUUCAGUAAUAGCCUCUCUCCUUAUCGUAGCUCAUAGCUCUCUGAAGGCACACCUGUACUAUGUAUUGACCCUUAAAGAGACACACAAACACACACACACACACACACACACACACACACACACGAGGGGCCCAACAGUGCAGUGGCUUAAAGGGAUACUUUGGGAUUUUGGCAAUGAGGCCCUUUAUCUACUUCCCCAGAGUCAGAUGAACUCGUGGAUACCAUUUUUAUGUCUUUGCUUGCGGUUUGAAGGAAGUUGCUAACUUGUGAAAUUGCUAACUAGCGUUAGCACAAUGACUGGAAGUCUAGCUAGCAGAUACCCAUAGACUUCAAGGUCAUUGUGCUAACGCUAGUUAGCAUUGGCUCACGAAACUACCUCUAACUUCCUUCAUACUGGACACAGAGACAUAAAAAUGGUAUUCACAAGUUCAUCUGACUCUGGGGAAGUAGAUAAAGGCCAAAAUCCCGAAAUCCCCUUUAAGCCACUGCACUGUUGGGCCCCUCGCGUGCGUGUGCGUGCAUGUGUGUCUAUUGAUGUGUGUGUGCGUGCACGUGUAUUGAUGUGUGUGUGUGUGUGCUUGCCUGAGUGUGUGUGUGAUGAAGGGUGUUCAAAGUUGCCUUUGAAGCCAACCUUUUGAUGUCUGUCCCUGACAGUGUGAGCUCUUCUUGAGUGAAGAUAGCAUGAGGCCAGACCACUCUCUCAGUACAGAGUGGGAAUGCAUUGUCACAACGGCUGAUGUAGAUGUGGUGAAGGAGUCAAACGCAGACACAGAAGCUAAGUCCAAUACUUUACUGAACACGACCACAAAUAUACAAAACACUGGCCUCAAAACAAACAAGAGGCGGACGAUGCGCAACAAUGCGCAAAAUGCUAGUAUUCCAAGGCGCACGAAAACAGUACAGUGCGACGACAGGGAAAACAACAAACAAACAACGAGCCGACCUGAUGACAGGCGAACAAUAACACACAACACAAAACUAACCAAACGGGAAACUUAUAGAGGACAUAAUCAACUAAACAGGACACAGGUGUACACAAUCAGACAAAACCAACAGACAGCGAAAACAUGAAACGGUGAUAGCUAGUACUCCGGGGACGACGACCGCCGAAGCCUGCCCGAACAAGGAGGAGGAGCAGCCUCGGCCGAAACCGUGACAGUACCCCCCCUUGACGCGCGGCUCCAGCCGUGCGCCGACCCCGGCCUCGGGGACGACCAGGAGGACGCGGAGCAGGGCGCGUAGGAUGACUACGGUGGAACUCAGUCAGGAGAGACGGGUCUAGGAUGUCUCUCCUCGGCACCCAGCACCGUUCCUCCGGACCGUACCCCUCCCACUCCACGAGAUACUGGAGAUCCCCAUCCGACGUCUUGAGUCCAAGAUGGCCCGAACUGUGUACGCCGGAGCCCCCUCGAUGUCAAGUGGGGGCUGAGCUUUUUGGAGUAAAAAGCACAGGGGCGGAGUUUAGGUGGCUUGCCGGACCGUUGCGAAAGUACGGCCCCAAUACCGGCCUCUGAUGCGUCAACCUCUACCUGAAAUGGUAAAGAGGGAUCCGGAUGCGCCAGCACCGGAGCCGAAGUAAACAGGUCCUUCAGUCUCCCAAAAGCCCUGUCCGCCUCGGCUGACCACUGCAGACGCACGGGACCCCCCUUCAACAGAGACGUUAUGGGAGCUGCCACCUGUCCAAAACCCCGGAUAAACCUCCGGUAGUAAUUUGCAAACCCCAAAAACCGCUGCACCUCUUUAACAGUGGUUGGAGUUUGCCAAUUACGCACGGCUGACACACGGUCUACCUCCCUCUUCACCCCUGACGCAGACAACUGAUAACCCAAAAAGGAGAUCGACUCCUGGAAAAACAGACAUUUCUCUGCCUUGACAUACAGGUCGUGCUCCAACAGCCUCCUCAACACUUGACGCACCAGGGCUACAUGCUCGGCUCGGUUGGAAGAGUACACAAGUAUGUCAUCAAUGUACAUGACCACACCCUGCCCCUGCAUGUCCCUGAAAAUCUCAUCUACGAAGGAUUGGAAGACUGAAGGAGCGUUCAUCAACCCGUAUGGCAUGACGAGAUACUCAUAAUGAUCUGAGGUGGUACUAAAUGCUGUCUUCCAUUCAUCGCCCCCUCUAAUGCGCACCAAGUUGUAUGCGCUCCUGAGAUUUAGUUUUGUGAAGAAACGCGCCCCGUGCAAUGACUCAGUCAUAGUCGCAAUCAGCGGGAGUGGAUAACUGUAUUUCACCGUGAUCUGAUUGAGACUACGGUAAUCAAUGCACGGGCGCAAACCUCCAUCCUUCUUCUUCACAAAAAAGAAGCUUGAGGACGCAGGGGAAGUGGAUGGCCGUAUGUAUCCUUGUCUCAGAGAUUCAGCUAUGUAAGUCUCCAUAGCUCUCUUCUCCUCCUGAGACAGAGGAUACACAUGGCUCCGUGGAAGCGCUGCUCCUGCCUGGAGGUCUAUCGCACAAUCUCCCUGCCUAUGGGGAGGCAACUGCGUCGCCCUCGAUUUACUGAACACGAUUGCCAAAUCCUCAUACUCGGGGGGAAUGUGCAGUGCGGGCACCUGGUUUGGACUCUCCACCGAGGUCGCCCCCACGGAAACACCUAGACAUCGCCCCACACACUGGGCAGACCACUCCUUAAGAGCCCUCUCUUGCCACGAAAUAGACGGAUUAUGGGUAAUCAACCAGGGGUGCCCCAACACCACCGGAUACGCAGGAGAGUCAAUCAGAUAUAGCUGAAUAGUUUCCUCAUGACCCCCCUGCGUCCUCAUCCUAAGUGGCGCAGUAACCUCCCUAAUCAACCCCGAUCCCAAGGGACGGCUGUCUAAAGCAUGGACAGGAAAUGGGGCGUCGACCAGAAGAAGGGGAAUCCCUAGUUUUAAACAAAAAUGUCGAUCAACAAAAUUCCCAGCUGCGCCUGAAUCGACUAGCGCCUUAUGCUGGGAAUGAGGUGCAACCUGUUGAAAAUGUACAGGUAAACAGACGUGCACAACAGAGAGCUCUGGGUAAGUGGGACGCCUACUCACCUGGAAUGACUCCCCAGUGCGUGGCCUGUCGUCCUCUCCCCUAGGAGACCCUCCCCAGCACCGAGCCGCAGUGUGCCCUCCACGGCCACAGUUGGUGCAGGGAACAGCCCCCCUCGGGCUCCUCCUCCUCCUCUCUCUAGCGCCAGCACCUCCGAGCUCCAUAGGGCUCGGCUCGGAGGUGCUGGAGGGUGGAAUGGACGACCCCCACUCGGUGCGUCCGCGGGUAGCCAGCAGGGUGUCAAGCCAGAUGGACAUGUCCACCAGCUGGUCGAAGGUAAGAUGGGAAUCCCUGCAGGCCAACUCUCGACGGACGUCCUCCCGUAGACUACAUCGGUAGUGGUCGAUGAGGGCCCGCUCAUUCCACCCUGCAUCCGCUGCUAGAGUCCGGAACUCCAGGGCGAACUCCUGUGCGCUCCUCCUCCCCUGUCAAAGGUGGAACAGACGCUCCCCCGCCGCCUUCCCCUCUGGUGGAUGGUCGAACACGGCCCUGAAGCGGCGGGAGAACUCCGCGUAGGUGAUGGUGGCGGCGUCUAUUCCCCUCCAUUCGGCGUUGGCCCACUCCAACGCCUUGCCGGUGAGACAGGAGAUGAGGGCGGAGACGCUCUCGUAUCCCGAGGGCGCCGGGUGUAUGGUGGCCAGGUAGAGUUCCACCUGCAGGAGGAACCCCUGACAUCCGGCUGCGGUACCAUCAUAUGCCCUCGGGAGCGAGAGCCGAAUACCGCUGAGUUCCGGUGCUGGAAGAGGAGGACUGGUCGAUGUUGAUGGUAAGGUGUGCGGAGGUGUGGGCACCUCUCUGGUGACCAAACGGUGCAGAGUGUUCGCCACCUCGUUCAUGGCGGCCUCAAGUCGCCAGAUCAUGGUGUCUUGAUGGCUGAUCCGUUCCUCCAGCGACUUGGGUGCCGCCACUGCUUCUGCUGACUCCAUGGUGGUGUGUUAUUCUGUCACAACGGCUGAUGUAGAUGUGGUGAAGGAGUCAAACGCAGACACAGAAGCUAAGUCCAAUACUUUACUGAACACGACCACAAAUAUACAAAACACUGGCCUCAAAACAAACAAGAGGCGGACGAUGCGCAACAAUGCGCAAAAGGCUAGUAUUCCAAGGCGCACGAAAACAGUACAGUGCGACAACAGGGAAAACAACAAACAAACAACGAGCCGACCUGAUGACAGGCGAACAAUAACACACAACACAAAACUAACCAAACGGGAAACUUAUAGAGGACAUAAUCAACUAAACAGGACACAGGUGUACACAAUCAGACAAAACCAACAGACAGCGAAAACAUGAAACGGUGAUAGCUAGUACUCCGGGGACGACGACCGCCGAAGCCUGCCCGAACAAGGAGGAGGAGCAGCCUCGGCCGAAACCGUGACAUGCAUAUCAGAGAGGGUAAGACAGAGAGAGGAGACGGGGUCAUUCAUAAGAUAGGAGAUAACUUAAUCAUCAGGUACUUCUGUACAGAGCUGUAUGAUCUACAGCCACUAUCAUUAAUAUCUUGUUUUGGAACGGUUGCAUAACUGACAAUGUGCUGAAAGAUGUUUGAACUGUUCAAGACUACUUCAUUGUCUGAAGUGGUAAUACUUGCUUGCUAGUUGAGGGUAGAUUCGAGUGUCUUUGUCUAAGACAUGGCUUUGUUUCACAGACUAUCAUUUACGGCUUACCCUGCUACUUUAAGCUCCAAUACAGGACAAAUCCCCUGAAGAUGUAGAGAGAGGCCAUCAUUUAUGAGUGCAUCUCUCUGCUUUGGUUCUCUGUGAGACAGGAUGAAUUGAGCUGCAACAGACAGUUUCCUUUUCUACAGGUACCAAAGUGAGCUGUGUUCAAGACCAUCAAUUAGCUCUAAACAAAUACAUCUGACCUAGAUAUUCCAGAGUGCUGUUGCUGCUAUUGGGCGGCAGGUAGCUUUGUGGUUAAGAGCGUUGUGCCAGUCACCGAAAGGUCACUGGUUCUAAUCCUCGAGCUGACUAGGUGAAAAAUCUGUCGAUGUGCCCUUGAGCAAGGCACUUAACCCUAAUUGCUCCUGUAAGUCGCUCUGGAUAAGAGCGUCUGCUAAAUGACUAAAAUGGAAAUGGAAAUGGAAUGCUACUGCUACUGCUCUCCUAGCGAUGCCAGCGUCAGGCUGUUGUGAAGCUGUUGCUGCCCGGUCGGCAGGAACACAAUUAAGGGACAAUUGUUCUGCUUUGAGAGUCUGCAUUUACGGAGGAAAACCAAUUUGUUUAGUGGGGAGACGAGGAACAUGGAGAUCAGAGCGUUGAUAUUUCUGUCGUGACACAGCCAUUAAGAGUUAGAGUUGAAUCAAAAGACCGGAAAUGUAGAGUACAAUGCUACGUCAGCAUGAAUUCGGUUUUUAAAGUUAGCAUCAUGGAAAUUAUAAUUUCAAAAGGAUUUAUAAUAUAGUCAAAUUCAUUCUAUGUUGCGUGGAGUGAGGUUUAUAUGUCUAUGGCAGGAUAGCAAAUCUUCAGAUCACGGUUUUCUGUUGUGGCUGCCACAAACCUCAGAAACCCUAAGGAGUCAUUUCAAUGAAUUAGGUUCUCCUAGCUAUCUAUUGAGUUGGCAUAGUAUCUGAUUACUUCACACUUGCUUCUGUUCUGUAGCUAUUUGUUAGCACAGUUGCUUAUGUGCCUCUAUACUGUUGCAGACUGGGCGAUUGUUUUGUGUUUCCACUCUCAUGCGGUCCAUUUUCCAUGAGGAUAAUUUUCCAUGUUGUUGUUGUUGUUGGAGUGACUGUUGCCUUGACUGUAAAAUGCUGUUUAAUGGUUCUGCUCACAACAGCUGUGUGUGUGUGUGUGUGUGUGUGUGUGUGUGUGUGUGUGUGCGUGCGUGCGAGCAUGUAUGCACACAUGCAAGGAAGGUAGAUUCUCUGCAUCCAUUUAAACUAUAUAGACACUGUUAAUGCUAUGGCUUUAUGCUUCAUCCUAACAGCUCUAAACCACAGCAGCAUCACUACAUGCAGUAGUCCACUGAGCAGCCAUUAGCCAGCUGGCUCCAGUGCACUGGCUAUAUUUCAUACAUCCUGGUUAGUGGUUAGUUAGCACUGCUCUGGAUCUACUAGGCUUCGUCAGAGGAUAUCUGUACAGGAAGGGCAAACAUCAGUGAAUGGACAGUUUAUUCCUGAGAAGAAUCUGGGGAACUGGAACUUGUAACUUGAUGUCCAGGAUGGUAAUUUUCUUGCACUGCAGCAAUGUAAGCCUGGAUUGAAAAGUUCAAGUAAACAACCCAAUGUUUCAGUGUAUCCUAGGUACAGUGCAUUCGGAAAGUAUUCAGACUGCUUGACUUUUUCUACAUUUUGUUACGUUAAAGCCUUAUUCUAAAAUGGAUGAAUCUUUUUUUUCCCUCAUCAAUCUACACACCCCAUAAUGACAAAGCAAAAACAGGUUUUUAGAAAUGUUUGCAAAUGUAUUAUAAAUACAAAACUGAAAUAUCACAUUUACAUAAGUAUUCAGACCCUUUACUCAGUACUUUGUUGAAGAGCCUUUGGCAGCGAUUACAGCCUUGAGUCUUCUUGGGUAUGAUGCUACAAGCUUGGCACACCUGUAUUUGGGGAGUAUCUCCCAUUCCUCUCUGCAGAUCCUCUCAAGCUCUGUCAGGUUUGAUGGAGAGCAUCGCUGCACAGCUAUUUUCAGGUCUCUCCAGAGAUGUUCGAUCGGGUUCAAGUCCGGGCUCUGGCUGGGCCACUCAAGGACAUUCAGAGACUUGUCCCCAAGCCACUCCUGCGUUGUCUUGCCUGUGUGCUUAGGGUUGUUGUCCUGUUGGAAGGUGAACCUUCGCCCCAGUCUGAGGUCCUGAGCGCUCUGGAGCAGGUUUUCAUGAAGGAUCUCUCUUUACUUUGCUCCAUUCAUCUUUCCCUCGAUCCUGACUAGUCUCCCAGUCUCUGCCGCUGAAAAACAUCCCCACAGCAUGAUGCUGCCACCACCAUGCUUCACCAUAGGAAUGGUGCCAGGUUUCCUCCAGACGUGACGCUUGGCAUUCAGGCCAAAGAGUUCAAUCUUGGUUUCAUCAGACCAGAGAAUCUUGUUUCUCAUGGUCUGAGAGUCCUUUAGGUGCCUUUUGGCAAACUCCAAGCGGGCUAUCAUGUGCCUUUUACUGAGGAGUGGCUUCCUUCUGGCCACUCUACCAUAAAGGCCUGAUAGGUGGAGUGCUGCAGAGAUGGUUGUCCUUCUGGAAUGUUCUCCCAUCUCCACAGAGGAACUCUAGGGCUCUGGAGCUCUUUUCUUGGUCACCUCCCUGACCAAGGCCCUUCUCCCCCGAUUGCUCAGUUUGGCCGGGCGGCCAGCUCUAGGAAGAGUCUUGGAGGUUCCAAACUUCUUCCAUUUAAGAAAGAUGUAGGCCACUGUGUUCUUGGGGACCUUCAAUGCUGCAGAAUUUCUUUGGUGCCCUUCCCCAGAUCUGUGCCUCGACACAAUCCUGUCUCGGAGCUCUACAGACAAUUCCUUCGACCUCAUGGCUUGGUUUUUGCUCUGACAUGCACUGCCAACUGUGGGACCUUACAUAUGCAGGUGUGUGCCUUUCCAAAUCAUGUCCAAUCAAUUGAAUUUACCACAGGCAGUGGUGUAAAGUACUUAAGUAAAAAUACUUGAAAGUACCACUUAAGUAGUUUUUUGGGUAUCUGUACUUUAAUUUACUAUUUAUAUUUUCGACUACUUUUACUUCACUACAUUCCUAAAGAAAAUUAUGUACUUUUUACUCCAUAAAUUUUCCCUGACACCCAAAAGUACUCAUUACAUUUUGAAUGAUUAGCAAGACAGGAAAAUGGUCCAAUUCACACACUUAUCAAGAGAACAUCCCUGUCAUCCCUACUGCCUCUGAUCUGGCGGACUCACUAAACACAUGCUUCGUUUGUAAAUGAUGUCUGAGUGUUGGAGUGUGCCUCUGGCUAUUCGUAAAGUAAACAAAACAAGAAAAUGGUGCCGUCUGGUUUGCUUAAUAUAAGGAAUGUGAAAUGAUUUAUACUUUUACUUUUAAUACUUAAGUAUAUUUGAUCAAUUCCAUAUACUUUUGAUACUUAAGUAUAUUUAAAAUAAAAUACUUUUUGACUUUUACUCAAGUAGGAUUUUACUGGGUGACUUUCACUUUUACUUGAGUCAUUUUCUAUUAAGGUAUCUUUUACUUUUACUCAAGUAUGACAAUUGGGUACUUUUUCCACCACUGACCACAGGUGGACUCCAAUCAAGUUGUAGAAACAUCUCUCAGAUGAUCAAUGGAAACAGUAUGCACCUGAGCUCAAUUUCAUCUCAUAGUAAAGGGUCUGAAUACUUAUGUAAAUAAGGUAUUUCUGUUUUUGUUUUUUUAUACAUUUGCAAAAGUUUCUACAAACCUGUUUUAGCUUUCUCGUCAUGGGGUAUUGUGUGUAAAUUGAUGAGGGGAAAAAAUUAUUUAAUCCAUUUUAGAAUAAGGCUAUAACGUAACAAAAUGUGGGAAAAGUGAAGGGGUCUGAAUACUUUCUGAAUGCGCUGUAUAUCCAUGAUUGAGAUGUUAAAUAAUGUACAUUCUCUCUGUCUUCUAUUACAAUCUAUCCUAUACAUUGAUUUCUAUCUGUCUUGUUAAUUUGAUACUGAAAUCAUUCUCUCCCUAUCUAGCUUUUUAAAUUUUUUAUUUAACCUUUAUUUAACUAGGCAAGUCGAUUAAGAACAAAUUCUUAUUUACAAUGACUGCCUACCAAGAGGCAAAAGGCCUCCUGUGGGGACGGGGGCUGGGAUUAAAAAUACAAAUGUAGGACAAAACACACAUCACGACAAGAGACACUCCACAACACUACAUAAAGAGAGACCUAAGAGAAGAACAUAGCAACACAACACGGUAGCAACACGACACGGUAGCAACACAACACGGUAGCAACACAACACGGUAGCAACACGACACGGUAGCAACACGACACGGUAGCAACACAACACGGUAGCAACACAACACGGUAGCAACACAACACGGUAGCAACACAUCACGACUAAAGAGCACGAAGGACAAAAAGGUAGAUACUUUAAUUCAUCAGGUGAAGCUGGCUGGUUAGCGCUGAGCCUCUCUGUACCUCUUAUGUUCUCCUUCCUCUUUCCCAGGGUGGUGUAGGGCCGUGACCUAACCUCCUCUAGUAACACACACACACACACACAACCCCUGACCUUUACCCUGUGCCCUCUCCCCAGGGCCUGUACGUGUUUGCGGUGUACUUCCUGAUGCACAACCAGCUGUGGUGGCCAGCCAAGGCCAGCUACACGGUGGAGAUGAACAGCCAGGGCAGUCCAGACUCCGCCUACCAGGGAGGGGGUGCCGCCACCAUAGGGGGGGAGAUCAACAAGUCCACCCAGAACCUCAUCAGCGCCAUGGAGGAGGUAACACACACACACAUACAGUCUCUCCCUGCCAACGUUCCCUCCCUCGCUGCCCAAAACUAUGGAGAAAAAAGAAUAAGAAAUAGUGAGAAGCCCUGUUCAAGCCCUACAAACCCCCAGCUGGCUGAUUGGCUGACUGGCUGGCUGACUGGCUGGCUGACUGAUUGGCUGACUGACUGGUUGACUGACUGGUUGACUGACUGACUGACUGACUGACUGGUUGACUGGCUUGCUGACUGGUUGACUGACUGGUUGACUGACUGGUUGACUGACUGGUUGACUGACUGGUUGACUGACUGAUUGACUGACUGACUGGCUGACUGGCUGACUUAAUGGCUGACCACUGUUACCAAACCUCUGAGUCUGCUUCACCCUUACCCCUCUCUCCCCUGCCCAGUGUAG